UCGACUUUUGACAGUUUGCACCGGCAGCCGAAUUAUCGAACAACAAUCCGCACAGUCUAGCAAACAAUCCGGUGAUCUGUCUUCAAUUUAUUUCCUGAGUAACAUUGCAAGUCCAAUGUUUACGUUUUGCUGUGCCGACUUGUGAGACGAUGGAGUGGUCAAAAGAGAAGACUUUGAAGUUAAUAGAAUUGUUACAAGUGAAUGCUAGCCUAUGGAACCCUUCUUUGUGUGAUACGCGAAGGGACAAGCAGAAGAGAAAAGAAGAAUUGCGUGGGAUUUCUGCAAUACUAGGUAUUUCUGUGUCGGAUACUACGAAGAAAAUACAGCAUUUGCGUACGCAAUAUAACCGGGAAGCCGCUAGAGAGGCCAGGGCUAACGAGGAGGACCCUGAAGACAGAUUUUUGAGUAACUGGUACGCGUUUGAAUACUUGCAUUUCAUGAAGGACUCAAGUAAACCUUACAGGGUUUUGCAACUGGACAACCAUUCAGAAGUCAACAGUAGUCUUCCCUCAAACUCAGAUGGCUUUGUUGAAUCACUCCAAAACAAACUAGAAAACCAUUCUCCGCCCCACAAAGUUCCACGGACAGACAACUUACACUUAGUGAAACCUGAGCUGGUGUACUCAUCUCCACAAUCAAGAGAUGAGUUCUCAGUGUUCGGAGAAUACAUUGCUAAUGAGUUAAGGUCCUUGAAAGGCGAGAAGAACUUACUUGUCUUAAAGAAGAAAAUUCAGGAUGCAAUAUUUGAAGUUAAAAUGGGAAUGAUCCAUGAGCCAAAGACAGAAGAGAGUGCAUGCACUGUGUAUGUCCACACCAGUCAGCCACAGAAUGUUGCACCCAUACACAGUAAGCUUUACACUACACCCGUAAUGACAACAACGGCUCACAUAGACCCGCUCACAUCCCAAACACCCACUUCUGGCAUCAGUGAGAUAAUCAUUAAUGGUGCUUGCCAUUAUUCUAACUUUAAGGUGGACAGCCAAUAGCAAUGUCAUCCACUUCCCAAUGGGGAAGUGGAUAAAAAUGAAACUUAUACUAUUAGGAAUUAAGAUACUCACGGUGUAUAAGACAUUAUUCUGUUCUGGUGUUAUGUUUAGUGUUAUUAAGUAUGAGAAUAAGCUAUACUUAGACAUUAUUUAAGUUAAGUACCUCUCUUAAUGAGGUUCUGUGUACAUUCUAAGAUUACAAUUAACAGGUUCAAUGUUUAAGAAUUAAGUCAUUAGUUAUUUUUUAUAAACCACAAAAAAAUUGUUAAUGGUACAUAGUGUAUCAACAAACAUGUUAAAUAGGCGGAUGCCUCGAGACACAUCUACACUGGCCGGUUAGUGUGCGAGGAAAUUGCCUCGGACGUAUUCAAUUCAAUUAAUUUUUAUUUAUCAAGUAACAUGACUCAUACAAUAACGCGUAUGCUCGCUCUUUGUGGACCCGCCUAUUGAAGAACAAUAAUGACAUGUAUAGUAUAGCCUGUCCGAUUUCUAAAAUCAAGUUAGCAAUACAUUUACUAUGGUGUACUUGAUCUUAGAAAAACGAACAAAUUAUACUGACAGGUAUUUGUUUUGGCCAAAAUUUGUAUCAAAGUAAUUAAAUAGUUUAUGUCAAAUGAUGCUUGUAAAUUUACCGUCAGUGUCAGUAUUUCUGAUAAAUUGAUAAUGUAUCUAGUCAUCUUCUCAUUAUAUUUAUGUAGACAGCUGUAGAGAUACCAUUUCGUCCCCCCGUUUACUAACUUCUCUACAGAUGUUUCUGCAGCUGUGCUGACUAUACUUGCCAUUAGUUAGCAAUAAAAUGUAAAAAGUUUUCUAGUAAUGCUAACUCGGUAAUUAAUAUACAAUGAUACAGAAAGUAA